UAGUAUUGACAAAUGCAACGCUGCAGCCAUAACAACCACGAAGAAGAGUGUCAAAGAUUUGUCUAUGGUCCCAACAAUAAUUUCUUCAUUAAACUGGCUCCUAAGCAGACUGCAACCCUCUUAAACCCUUAAACGCAAUGGACGAAAAGGUUUUAGGUGCUACUGCUGGGGAUGAUGGGGCAGAGGCUGGUGCAUUGUCAUGUUUGAGAGCCACUGGAGGAUCAUCUGGUUCCCGUUUGGAGUCACAGCUCCAGGAGGCCAUUCGGUUAAAGACGGAGGGGAAUGCAUUCUACCGGGAGAAAAAUGUGCGCACUGCCAUUGGAUGUUAUCAUCGCGCUUUGCUCGUUCUCCGUGGCCUGGACUCUGAGGUGACCUCUGCCCUGCAAGGGUUUGUGCCUCAGGUGCCUAAACUGAGCCGGACACAGGAGGACCUGCUAAGGAGCACUCAGGUAGACUGCUAUAACAAUUUAGCAGCAUGUCUGCUGCAGCGAGAGCUGGUGGACUAUGGCCGUGUGUUAGAGUACAGUCUGAAGGUGCUCCAGUGGAGGUCAGGGGACAUUAAGGCCCUCUACAGAGCUGGAGUGGCCUCGUUAGAGCUGGGUGAUGCUCUGACUGCUCGACAUUACCUCACACAGGCCAGGGGGGGGAAACCUAACGAUCCUGAUGUAAAGAAACAGCUGCAGCGAGUGGAGGAGAGACUAAGCCAAGACUAUCAGAAAGAGAAGGCACUGUACAAAGGCAUGUUCAGCAAGCAGAAACAGGGUGAGGAGCAGUUAGCAGAGGAGAAGACCCAGAAAUUGGCCUGAACAGACAAAUACACAACUCAGUAGGAACAUAAAUCAAGUUAAAUGAAGCUUGAGCUGAUGUCACCAGGAGGCAAGUGGGAUAUUUUGCUUCAGGGUAUGGAUAAUUUGCUACAUAUGGCAUUUACUGGUGUUGAAGGUCCGUAGCAGGACUGGAUGUGUGGCUGAAAUCUGGUGCAAUGUGGCAGCUUGAAUGAGAAUUUUAAUGCACUUAAAAUGCAUUGUACUCUGGUCUUUUAUGGCUAAUACACUGUCUAGCUGCUUCUGUUUUGCAUUCAGUUUCUUCCAGUUGUGUACCUGUAUUUUUUUUUUUUUUUUCAGAUGAAAGUUCUCGUUUUUAAGUCAUCCUAAUAAAUAUUUUUGAAAGAAA